UUAAAUCGCCACCGACUACUGGACUUUGUUGAAAGAAGGCUCGAGCAGUGACUACUUUUUAAUAUUUAGGCUUUUUACGCCGUGUCAAGCGUUGUUCUUCUAUGAACCUUGGAUUUGAGAAAUCAUUUCUUGAGGCUGCAGCACAUUUGUGUGAAAUAGCGGCUCCGAAAAGAAACCAUAUCUGGUCAAAGUAUUCAGCUGUCACAUGCGCUAUAUUUAGUGUGGGAUAAGCGCUGUCUGAAGUCCUGUGAUUGGGGGGCUCAACUGUUCCUGCCUAUCUUUUCUUCUGUCCUCUUCCUCCCUUUUAUCUUAUUCAUCAUGUUCCGUAAAGAGAUGGAGAAGUACAGGGAUGUGGAUGAGGAUGAGCUCUUGCAGAAGCUCAGUGAAGAGGAGCUCAGGAGACUUGAGGAUGAACUCGAAGAGCUUGAUCCUGAUAACGCACUACUGCCAGCAGGAUAUAGACAGAGGGAUCAGACUAAAAAAUCUCCAACCGGAACGUUCCAGAGAGAUGAUCUUCUAGCUCACCUGGAGAAACAAGCCAAAGAACAUCCAGACCGAGAUGAUCUUGUUCCCUACACUGGCGAGAAAAGAGGAAAGGUGUGGCAGCCUAAGACAAAAGUGGACCCUAUCCUUGAAGAUGUCACUCUGGAGCCUGAACUAGAAGAGGCGCUAUCUAGUGCAACCGAUGCAGAAUUGUGGACAUAG